UGUUUAACCGGAAGUAGGCGCCCUCCCUCGUCACGUGACGUGGGUUGUGCCUUCACGGCGAAGUGAAAACGUGACUUUUUUCCCCCCUUAUUUCCGCUUCGAAAGGUGUGUGUGUGCGUGUAUGAGAGGCUUUUUUCGACAUGUUGGUAGAGAGAUCGGUUUCGAUGUGAAGUUAAUUUUAGGCUUGAAAACCCCGGUUCAGAUUUCACACCUGUUUGUUGCGGUAUAAAGACACUGCGACAAAAUACAUAUAUUGGUCAAUGACACUGAUAAGCGUUCCCAGCUAGCCUUAGUGAGGUAUUAACCCACAAAGGAGUCUGUACUGACGGAGUAAUUUUUCAUCUUACUUAAAGCCUUCCGUUAUUCUAAUUAUCCGAAGCUAAAACUCAUAAAUGGGUGUAUUUUCAUCACUGCGUGGCAAAACACGUGUAUACACUUCAACCCCCACUGCCCCUAGUCCUUCCCUACAUCCUUUGCGCCUAAAAGAGGCGGAGUCGCGUCGCAGUCUGAUGACGCAAAGUUGCUUUAGAAACGAGAAACGCUUGUUUGCGGACAGGGGUUUGAAAAGGUGCGUUCACUCUGACAAAAAAAGCGUGUUUCUUACCUGUUCUGCGGAUGAUUAAAUUUCAACAUUAAAAAGUCGAGGCAAUAUCAUCACACUAAAAGAAAUGGUCAUCUAAAGGGAGGGCAUCAUUAUGAGCCCAUCGGAGAGCAAGCAAGAUGACAUUGACUCUAAAAUACUGUCUUUAGCUGCUGAGAUUGCAGACAGUCCAGAUCAAAAUGUGCCUGUCCUUCUGUUGAACUUAAAAGAAAUUCUGGGGCAAGAAUCUCUUGGAAGGAAUGAACUGAAGAAACUGAAAGAAGACAUCUACUCCUGUGGCCUCACAGAAUAUUGUAAUGUAGUUCUGAAGAAAGAUUUCUCCAAAAUUCAGGGUGGCUGGUCAGCUGCUGCACAGUUAGCCGAUAUUCUAAGUAAAUCUUGUGUGGACAUAGAUCCUGAGGAAGAAAAGGAGAAAUUUCAUAAUGAAGUUCUCCCAAAGGCAGCUGACAAUCUGUUGAAUUUGGCAAGGCGCAUACAGAAACGAUAUGAAAGAGCUGUCAAGGAUGAAGAAAAAGCAGAAUUGUAUAAUAAUUUUCACAUAGUGACAAACUCUGUUUGUUGGCUAUGCAGUGGGCACAUUGAUGUAGCUAAGCAAACUCUCCAAUCUGAAGAUUUUCAUCAGUUACUACUUACUGAUGAUGUUAAAACCAGAGCUACCAUGAUGUCAGUUCUGGAAAAUCUUGUCAGAGUAAACAGUGCUGUUUUAACAAAGACUGAUGAGAAGGCUAUUCGUAAAAUUUUGGAUGAGCUUGUUUACAAUCUCUUGGAAGAGACCAACCCUGUGAUUGGCAGUUUGGCAACAAAAGCAUUACUGCUAAUGACAAGAAGACACCCGCCCAUUGUAAAAAUUAUCUGCACUCAUUACAAAGCCUUACAAAUUCAAUUGAGCAAGAAAUGGACUGGAAAAGGUUUUGGAAGAGAACUCCAUCAGCUUCUGGACCUGCUUUAUGCUGGAUCCUACCAGCAAGGUGAAAUGCAGAGAUUACACAGAGCAGCAUGCUUAAUCCAAGCAGCUUGGAGAGCCUAUCAGACCAGAAAAAGACUCAAGAAACUUCCCAAAGCAAUUACUAGAAUUCAGAAAAGCUUCAGGGAAAGAAAGGCGAAGGAGCGUCUGCUUUCUCAGAGGCUCAAGGAGGAGGAAGAGCUCAGGAACCAUGUGCAGCUCCAGAGACAAAGAGCUCUUCGUGAAUUCCGACAGCGGCAACUUGACCUGCUAGAAAUAGUACCUGCAAGUCUUGUAGAUGUGUAUUUAAGGGAACAAGAACAGAAGGCUGCCAUCCUGAUUCAGAAACUGUGGCGAGGACACAGUGAGAGAAGGAAAUUUCAUGACCAGAAGCGGGCCCUGAAAGAGUUUAAGGCAGCAGUAACUUUGCAAAGAGCAGCUCUGCGUUUCUUGCAAAGACGAAGGAAUGAAAGACACAUCUUGUCUCCUUGGAGAGGUCCCAAGGGCUUGACAGAUGAAAGGAGGACAGAAUUAAAGAAAGAGGUGGAAGACUAUAUUGCUCUUCACCCAUGUUCUUCAGUGUCAAUGGAGAGCUGUAAGGAACUCCAUCAAAAGACCCAGGAAAUGCUAAGACAGCAUGUAAUGAAGAGACACCCACACAGAAAAGCCAACCAGCGCAGGGAGGCUCUCCUGGCACAGAUUAACACUGAUGUUGAACUUCUGAUGAAUUCUCCACAUUUGCAAGAAGUUACAGAACCAGACAUUGAUGCAUUCACAAGCAGAUCAGGCCCUGUAGCUGCCCGGGCCAAAGAGUGCCACCACACCAUGCUUCAGUUCAAUCGCUGGCCGUGGUGGAAGAAACUAGGAGAUGAAUUCUUGGAUCCUGAAAAAAUUCCUAAAGAGGAUAUUAAUACUGAAUUUGAGACACUUUAUUUGGGAGGAAGCUGAUCAUCACCUCAAAUGGUUUAUUUUACUGUUUCUUAUUUAAAGAUCGAUUCCAGAAUCAAUUCAAUUCAGUUAUAAAGUGCUUGUGGCAAUCUAACCAAAUCUGAAAAAAAGUUCAGGAAAUACAAUAGCAAAUUAUUGGAACUAUAACUUGAAGGUACAGGUGGGUUGCCAUCUAAUUUUUUAUUGUACUUUAGACACUUUGCUGAAUAAACUGCAAGGCUCAUUUAGAGAUUUGUUGAUGUAAAAUAAUACAUUGGUUUAUUGUGUCAAGGUUUGGAGUACUUUGUACAGCUGGUCGUCCUUGGUGCAUUCUCUUCAUGAUUUUGUAUUUAAAAAUAUCCCUUUGUUUUAAAAGUAGUUGUUAAGUUGUCAUGUUGGUGCCCCUCUACUCUAAGGAAACUUAAAUAGUUCAGCAGUUGUAAAAAUACAACUCCUUUCCCUGAGUUCAGUCUGGGUCCUUUCAGUGCCCAAUACCUGCUUUCUCUCAGACUGUUGGUCGAUUUGAGCACGAUGGACUGAAGGGCCACAUCUUGUUUAUGACCUUUCUUUUGUUUCGGUUCAUCAGGGUAAAGAUGGAUUGUCAGCUGUGACUCGUGCUAUCGUCCCCUGUCACUUCUCCCCUCCUGCUAUGUGCUUCCCACACUACUUUUCUGCCAUGUGCUGUCUUUGGUAAAGAAUACUCAAUGUUCCUCUGAGCUGCUGGUCAUCUUCUGGUCCGGUCAUCUAACCGAUUAUAACCCAUUAUAUUGUACUGAUCUCACACUGUACUACUGAGCUGUGCACACUGCUCAAUAUCCCUUGUUAUUUAGAUGUUUCAGCUAUACUGGUGCCUGGGGUGGGAGAAGUCCCUUCCCAAGACAAGACAAGACAAGAACUAAUAAAUUUUAAGACUCCUGGUGCACAACAAAAUUAUUUCAUAAUUUAAUCAAUUAUUGUUCUGUGUUAUUGUCCAUUAUUUUUAAGAUGUAAGA